GUGAUUUUUCAUUGUCUCAAGAUUAAAGCGCAAAUAAAAGGUGUUUUCCCUUGUACAAACUUUCAUCCUAUGUUACAUCAAUCCUUACAACAAACUUUCUAAACUCAUUUGCCCCGGAAGCAAUGUACUCGUUCACACCGACACCUAAAUCCUCGUCCGAGCAAAUGGACAGUGCCCGAAUCCAGUCAUUUGAAAGCAACCAUCUUCACCAAGAAGACGAACACAUCGUUCUGGUACAAAAUGCAGCGUUUGAGAGCGUCACGUCAUGCACAAAUCCGCACUGCCUCUUUCCCAACUCUAGACAUUCAUCAGCCAGUGGUGCCGAGGAGUGCCGAUGCGUGAGAAAAGAAGUAAAGGAGAAAUCCCGUAUAGCUCAAGUUGACCUACCAGAGCCAGAGGAGUCCAUCCCAAGUUCUAUUUCGACCCCAAAGUCUUGCCACACAGAGCGCAGACAUGCCCCUCUCCCAUCAUCAACUCACAGCAUCACUCCAGUCAGCUCAACUGAUUACGAAAUCCCUUUGACCCCGGGGCCUGCCUCCAAUGUACGCCAGUUGGCUGCGAAGUUUGCCGGCAUGUGCACGGAAAUGACCUAUCCUGGAAGAAUCAAUGUAAUCACAAACAUCUCCGCACUCAAAGUACUUUCACAGAACCAGCGAUAGCUCAACUAGGGCGUAGGCGCUUUGAAAAUCCUCUUAUGAGACUGGAAGUACUGGAGUGGGAUGGAAAGAUAACGAGGGUCCCGGCCAACACGAUGUUUGGUGCUACUAGGGGAUCGAAGCACUGAGAAUUUGGGUCGGGGACGGCGUCGAACAUCUAGAGGAAUCAAAGACUGUAAUGAUUGUUGGGGCAUUGUGAAUAGAGAAAGAGGAUAUAGCUAGUUUUGACGAGGUAGAAGUGCGGGAUAGUACAAGCCCAAGUGGGAAUUUCAAUAACUCCAUAACUGUUGUGGAAAUGGUGAUGUGUUUUUUCGAAUUGUGAGCGUCCUUUUUGGUACUUUUUG